UAGUCGAAUCCAAUUUGGAGUGUAGUAAUCUGGUGAAAAAUAUUGAAGCGCUAAAUGAGAAAACAGAAGAAUUAAAAAAUGAGAUUGACGAGAAAAAAAUGCUUUUAGAACAAUCGUUGAUCGAACAACAAAACUUGAAAGAUCAGGUUUUGGCCCUGGAAGAGCAGAAAUCUGAGAUUGUCGUUGAACUCAACAAUGCUACCCAAGAAUUAGAAUUGAGAUCCGUUAAAAUUGAGGAAUUGACUUUAACUAUCCAAGACUCACAAGCUAAGAUAUCUGAAAUGGAAACUACCCUGGAGAACAAUAAAUCCGAUAACGCGAACAAAAUCGAAGAGUUUAGUGUCAUUCUGGAAACCAAAGUAAAACUUAUUGAAGAGAAAGACAAAGAGUUGGAUGGUAAAGCAUCUACUAUCAAUAAGCUCAUGUCUGAUCUAAAGAAUGGUACCGAUGCUACAACUAAAUUAGAAAACAAUAUCGAGAAAAUGAAGAAGGAUAUGGAAACUGACAGGAAUAUUACAAAAGAGAAGGAAAAUACCUUGACGAAGAAAUUAGAACAAAUGGAGAUUGCUGCUAAAGAAAGAGAAAUCGAGCUAUCGAAACAAAUGUCCAUAAUUUUGGAGACCCGUAAGGAAAAGGAUCGACUGCAAGAAAGGUUAAAAAGUAUGCAGAAUACAAUAGAUAAUAUCGAAAAAGAAGUAACAGGACGCUCUGCAUCGCAGUCGACGCGCCAUUCCGCUGAAUUAGAUGAUAAUGCAGCAAUUAUGAAGCCACCACCACGAAUUAAGAGAGUUGGCACCCCUGCUCUGAAGAGAAUCCAGAAGCCAUCAGAGUCUUCAGCGCCGAAAGAACAAUCUAAGAAGCUAGACAGCGUAGUCUAUAAUUUUUUUAGCGACAGCGACAUGGAAACCGACCUAAUGGCUGACCCAGCGCAAAUAAAUCGUCAUUUUGAUGCUAUGAUGCGUGGUGAGAGGGUCUCGCCCUUGAGCUUUAAACGACGCGCUUCUGGCUCGGGAGCUUUUGAUGAAAUAAUAUCUCUGUCUCAAUUGAAAGAAGCAAAGAACAAACGCUUCAUAUUCAAAAACAAGCGGCAGGACAACAAAACCAAGAAAUUGAAGCCGACCGAAUAAAUAAUUACAUACAAUUUCUGGAUAACUCAACGAACUCUAAGUUAGAUUAAUUAGGGUUUUUUGAUCAAU